CCGCGUCAAGAAGAUGAAGGUAGAGAACUGUGUUUGGGAGGUGUCCUCUGACGCCCCCUAUGGUUCCGUGGGCGGCCAGCAGGGGGUAGGGGGUUACUCCUUCGCCCCCUCUGCCACCCCAGGUUCCCGAGGCCAGGUGGUGGUCCGGGCGGCCGACAGCACAGGCAGCCUACCCAGAGGCUCCAGCCGCCGCCUCAACGACCACUACUCACACACACAUACCUCACACACGCACACCACGACGACCGCAACAGGCACGGGGACGCGACGACAGGGCCAGAAGAGGAAGAAUAAGGAAGUUGAAGGAAGUAAUAGUGUUCAGAUUCUGGAGGAGCUCUCUGCCCCUCGACCAGUCUUCUCCACGAGGACAGGGGGCGUCGGAGGAGGGGGUACGGGCCAGUCCGUCCCCCACUCGGCCCCCGCCACCAAGAGCUCCAGCUCCAACGGAGAGGGGGACUACCAGCUGGUGCAGCAUGAGACCCUGUGUUCAGUCUCCUGUAGUUAUGAGGUGCUGGAGUUCCUGGGGAGGGGGACCUUCGGUCAGGUGGCCAAGUGUUGGAAGAGGGGAACCAAUGAGAUCGUGGCCAUCAAGAUCCUCAAGAACCACCCUUCUUACGCACGACAGGGCCAGAUCGAGGUGGGCAUCCUGAACCGUCUGAGUGAGGAGAACGCCGACGAGUUUAACUUUGUGCGUUCCUACGAGUGUUUCCAACACAAAGGUCACACCUGCCUGGUGUUUGAGAUGCUGGAGCAGAACCUGUACGACUUCCUGAAGCACAGCAAGUUCAGCCCCCUGCCACUACAACACAUCAGACCCAUACUGCAACAGGUGGCGACAGCGCUGAUGAAGCUGAAGUCUCUGGGUCUGAUCCAUGCUGACCUGAAGCCAGAGAACAUCAUGCUGGUGGAUCCACUCAGACAGCCCUACAGGGUCAAGGUCAUCGACUUCGGCUCAGCCUCACACGUCUCCAAGGCUGUCUGCUCAACGUACCUGCAGUCGCGAUACUACAGGGCUCCAGAGAUUAUCCUGGGUUUGCCAUUCUGUGAGUCUAUAGACAUGUGGUCUCUGGGCUGUGUUAUAGCUGAGCUGUUCCUGGGCUGGCCCCUCUAUCCCGGGGCAUCAGAGUACGACCAGAUCCGGUACAUCUCACAGACCCAGGGUCUGCCUGCAGAGUACCUGCUGAGUGCCGGCACCAAGACCAGCCGCUUCUUUAAGAGAGGACCUGACUCUAGCUACCCCCUCUGGAGAAUCAAGACUCCUUCAGAGCACGAGGCUGAGAUGGGCAUCAAGUCUAAGGAGGCCAGGAAAUACAUCUUCAACUGUCUGGAUGACAUGAUGCAGGUCAACCUCUCAUCUCACCUGGAGGGGACGGACAUGCUGGCGGAGAAAGCUGAUAGGAGGGAGUUCAUCGACCUGCUGAAGCGGAUGCUCCGAUUGGACGCUGACAAGAGGAUCACGCCCACUAAGACGCUGGGUCACCCCUUCGUCACCAUGAGUCACCUGCUGGACUUCCCUCACAGCUCCCAUGUGAAGUCUUGCUUUCAGAACAUGGAGCUCUGUAAACGUAGGAGCUCGUCGUUCGACAACAACAAAACUCUCUUCUCCACCAACACUCUUCCUAGUGCUGCCGCCGGCAACCUCACAGUUACCUUCAGCAAUCAGCUCAACCAGGUGCCGUCAGCAGGGGGAGCUGGUCCUAUCCUGAACUACCAGCCAGCCCUCUACCAGCAGGCCACCAUCAACAUCCCUGGGCUGGCCCAACAGAGUGUCCCCCUGCAGGCUCGCCCCAACGGCCUGGCCUGCCAGACUGAGCCCUUCCAGCAGACUCUGAUCGUCUGCCCACCAAACACCAUACAGGGGCUCCAGUCAUCCAAUAAGAGCUCUAGUUUCCCAGUGAGGAUGGACAGUUCAGUCCCCAUAGUGAACCAGAACCAAUCAACACAGCCACUGCAGCUGCAGCCUGCCAUGCUCACACAGGGCUCCUGCACACCCCUGAUGGUAGCCACCCUCCAACCCAACCCCCCCACAGUAGCAGGGCUAGCCCCCCAGUACUCAUUUCUCCUGGGGCUGGGCUGUGGGGCCGGACUCCCCACCCUGCUGGAGCACACUGCCUCUGUGCUGCAGGCCUGGCCAGCCGGUACCCAGCAGAUCCUGAUCCCGUCGUCAUGGCAGCAGGUUCCGGGUGUGGCCAUCCACGGCUCCACCCACCAGACGGUUGUCACGGAGUCUCCCGUGGAGACACUCCUUCCGGACACAGCCCAGCAGACACACAGCUGGAGGGGAUCUCAGUACAGCGGAGUGCUGCAGCAGAACCUUGGGGUUAAUUCGAGGAGCAGAGCGAGGAAGAGGGCUAAGGGUGGUCGUGGCAACAGCAGGACCACCAGGCGUGUGUCCGGUGUAUCCCUAAUCACCAACGCCGUGCUGACUCCGCCCAUCUGCAGCGUGGCGUCUCUCUCUCAGCCAAUCAUCAUCUCGGACACUCCCAGCCCGGCGGGCAGCGUCAUCACCAUCCACUCAGACGGGGAGGACGAGAGGAAGUUCCACCCCGCCAGCUGUGGUCCGGCUCAGAGGACUAACGUGAUCAGCUGUUUGACGGUUCACGACUCUGACUCCUCUACGACCAGCCCCCUCACCCCCCUCCCCCGCACACACCUCCCUGGAGGGGGGACGUCUAGAGGCAAGUCACUGGCCGUGGUCGCACCGUCUGUAAAGACCCAGCCGACUGAGACAGUGCAACCCCAGAGUUCCUACAUCAAGCACAAGCUGGCCAAUCGGCAUCCCUGUAGCUCUGGAGACGGCAGCAACCGCCAUAGGCUAGUCCCCAGCCAAUCACAUCCUCUCAACCUCAGCCAGCCUGUAGUCUCGUCCUCUUCGUCCCAGGACCGUUCCCACGGCAAACUGCGUCGCCGGGCAACCUACCCCCCCGGCCCCAACUCCCACUACACCUUCCAGGAAGUGUCCUCUCUAAGCUCUGCCCCUAGUCUAUACACCUUCCCUGCGUCCGCUGCGUUAGCCUCUGCCUCCCAGCUCCUGGUGCGUGGCCACCCGUCCACCUAUGCCCCACCCACCGUCCCUUGCGGUACCUCGGGAUUGGCCCGGAGGGAUGCAGGAAGCAGGAAGGAGUCUUCGGUGGGGGUGGUGAUGGGUCUUCCUGCAGUUUAUCAACACCAGUUUACUGCUGGAUCCCUUAGUGUCACGCCACGUGCUGAGACCUACAGCGCAUACCAGCUCAGCCCUCGACGGCUGGGACAGUACCCCUACUUAUGAUGAGAGAUGAUACUGGAUGUAGAGAGGGGGAUGGGCACGGGUGGGAGCGCUGAUGAGUAGAACUAUGGCCCCCCUCACACCGACGUAUUCACACACACACACUGAAGAGGCAGUAAGUCCCACGGCUUCACCAUGUGGAUGAAUCUGGGCGAGGUUGGGAAGGAGACAGGAAGGGGGUAACAAAUUAACAUUUGCACUACUGCAUUUGAUGUACUCAAACUGGUUUAACUUUCCCACCUAUUUUAGUACAUUUAAAAAAAAAACACUCUGGAUAUUAUUAUUUAAUAUUGUAGUUAUUUCUUUUCCCAGCAGGGGAAAAAAAGGUGUAAUUGUUUUGUUUAAUCCCUGUUUUAAUUGGAUGCGGAAUUAGUUAUUGUGGUGAUAGACCAGAUAUAUUAUGUAUUGUGUUCAUGAAAAAAAGGCUUUUAUGUUUUAAAAGGGUGCUAGUCUCGUUCUCUAGUGGUGUAGUCAGUCAGCUGAAACAUACAGAGCACUGCAGAUGGAAACACGGGUUUCUAUACCGUACAUAUAACAUGUAUGGCUCUGGCAUGCCUCUGUAUUCUACAUGGCAGAAAUGUACGAUGUAUAACAGAUAUGCUGGUCAUUGUGCAUUCUGUAACGUUAGUCUCCUGAAUAGGCACUCGCUGUUGUUUCCUUACAUUAGGAGAUCCUAGCUAUUAGCUAACCUAAAGGUGGUCAUUGUUUAUAGCACGGCACGCUAGAGAGAUGCUAGCUAUUAGCUAACCUAAAGGUGGUCAUUGUUUAUAGCACGGCACGCUAGAGAGAUGCUAGCUAUUAGCUAACCUAAAGGUGGUCAUUGUUUAUAGCACGGCACGCUAGAGAGAUGCUAGCUAUUAGCUAACCUAAAGGUGGUCAUUGUUUAUAGCACGGCACGCUAGAGAGAUGCUAGCUAUUAGCUAACCUAAAGGUGGUCAUUGUUUAUAGCACGGCACGCUAGAGAGAUGCUAGCUAUUAGCUAACCUAAAGGUGGUCAUUGUUUAUAGCACGGCACGCUAGAGAGAUGCUAGCUAUUAGCUAACCUAAAGGUGGUCAUUGUUUAUAGCACGGCACGCUAGAGAGAUGCUAGCUAUUAGCUAACCUAAAGGUGGUCAUUGUUUAUAGCACGGCACGCUAGAGAGAUGCUAGCUAUUAGCUAACCUAAAGGUGGUCAUUGUUUAUAGCACGGCACGCUAGAGAGAUGCUAGCUAUUAGCUAACCUAAAGGUGGUCAUUGUUUAUAGCACGGCACGCUAGAGAGAUGCUAGCUAUUAGCUAACCUAAAGGUGGUCAUUGUUUAUAGCACGGCACGCUAGAGAGAUGCUAGCUAUUAGCUAACCUAAAGGUGGUCAUUGUUUAUAGCACGGCACGCUAGAGAGAUGCUAGCUAUUAGCUAACCUAAAGGUGGUCAUUGUUUAUAGCACGGCACGCUAGAGAGAUGCUAGCUAUUAGCUAACCUAAAGGUGGUCAUUGUUUAUAGCACGGCACGCUAGAGAGAUGCUAGCUAUUAGCUAACCUAAAGGUGGUCAUUGUUUAUAGCACGGCACGCUAGAGAGAUGCUAGCUAUUAGCUAACCUAAAGGUGGUCAUUGUUUAUAGCACGGCACGCUAGAGAGAUGCUAGCUAUUAGCUAACCUAAAGGUGGUCAUUGUUUAUAGCACGGCACGCUAGAGAGAUGCUAGCUAUUAGCUAACCUAAAGGUGGUCAUUGUUUAUAGCACGGCACGCUAGAGAGAUGCUAGCUAUUAGCUAACCUAAAGGUGGUCAUUGUUUAUAGCACGGCACGCUAGAGAGAUGCUAGCUAUUAGCUAACCUAAAGGUGGUCAUUGUCUGUAGCACGGCACGCUAGAGAGAUGCUAGCUAUUAGCUAACCUAAAGGUGGUCAUUGUCUGUAGCACGGCACGCUAGAGAGAUGCUAGCUAUUAGCUAACCUAAACAAGUUCUAAAGGUGAUCCUAGUAUAUUUUAGCAUGGCAGACUUGCUCGAGAUGUUAGCUAUUAGCUAACCCAGGUAUGGGCAACUGGCGUUCAUGCAGCCUUUUGUAGGCCUGCAGACUGAUUUCACCGACAGACACAAAGGAACUCAGUUGGCGUCUCAACUUACUGUUGAGUUAAAUUAAUACCUUUACUUACCUGUUUUCUUUAUUGUGAGUUUGUUUAAAUUAUGUUUUGUCGAUAAUGUGAGCUGUCGGGGGAGAGAGAGAAUGUUGUUCCACUUAACUCAUGAGUCUGCUGUACAUGUAUGUAGUCAUGGUAACGAUGUAGUCAAUUCUGUCACAGCCUGGUAACGAUGUAGUCAAUUCUGCCACAGCCUGGUAACGAUGUAGUCAAUUCUGUCACAGCCUGGUAACGAUGUAGUCAAUUCUGCCACAGCCUGGUAACGAUGUAGUCAAUUCUGUCACAGCCUGGUAACGAUGUAGUCAAUUCUGUCACAGCCUGGUAACGAUGUAGUCAAUUCUGCCACAGCCUGGUAACGAUGUAGUUUAUUCUGCCAUAGCCUGGUAACGAUGUAGUCUAUUCUGUCACAGCCUGGUAACGAUGUAGUCUAUUCUGUCACAGCCUGGUAAAGACACUAUUAUCUUCACACCACCAUAGCUGGGUUCAAAUACUUUUAAAGGGUUUGCACUUGUAUGGCUUUUUCUAUUGGUUCCGUUGCAACAAGGCCCAGUCAAUUAAGCACAGUUUUAAAUUAUUUCAAAUAGUAUUUAAGCAUAGCUCACUCUGAGAGUUUUUAUAUUUUUUCUGACUGUGAUUGUAGAAUGUAUUUAUGAGGCUGAAAGAUAAGUCACAGCCAGAAAUGACUUUAGAAACUCAAUUAAUUUGCAAACAGGACUUUUAUGGGAAACGAUUUGGUUCAUUUUGUUCUCCUCUGUUUUUAAAGUGCACAAUGUAUUUAGUAAUCAAGUUAUUGGUGAGGAUAAUGUCAACCCAAAUCAAUCCACAACAACACAACCACUGUUUUCAAAUAAAUGAACCAUAUGUCCUCA